UUGCAAGAUUUCAAAAUGGCGGCUGCCACUCGCGAUUCUUCCCGAUUUGCCGGUGUUAAAACCUUUAGCGAGAAGUUCUCUCAGCCAGAAGUAGAUGCAGAAGGAAGAGUUAGAAAGGUUGGUUCUCAUCCAAUUAACUUUUCGGGUUAAUCCUGUUGAAAAUACUCACCGAAUUUUGGUAAGGAAAGUAGGUGUUGUUUCGUGGAAUUUCCGGUUGCAAUAUGAUGUAAACACUGUAGUCAGUGAAACGCCCACUCGUUUGAUAAUAACAUGUAAAUUUUUCUAAUGACAGCGAACGGAUGCAGCGACUGUUUUCUCCCAUUUGCGGCGGAAAAUGUUGAAUAAAUUGUAUGUGAAUGGAGGCGGUAUGAUUGGGCAUGUUACAAUCAUAUCAGUGAUCCCAUUACCACAUGGAGAUUUUUUUCCAAAGCCUGUACCACUUUUGUGAUUGUGGAACCCUCUACGCUGAAUGAAGUAAAAUUGUACCUAGAGCAAACUCGCUCAUCGAUAGUAAGGAGUAGGAGGGGGGAGGGGGAGGGGGGUGUGUUUCCUUGUCCUAACUUCUCUUGUCACAUUACACCCACCCCCAUAUCAUCACAGAGCAUCAACAAGUAGUAUAAUUUUUUAGAAGCCCAAGCUACAAUAAAUAACCUCCUUUCCAACUUAAACGUCCAAACCACCCCCAUAUCAUCAUGGAGUAUCAACAAGUAGCAUAAUUUUUUUAGAAGCCUAAGCUACAAUAAAUAACCUCCCAACUUAAACAUCCAAACCACCCCCAUAUCAUCAUUGAGCAUCAACAAGUAGCAUAAUUUUUUUAGAAGCCCAAGCUACAAUAAAUAACCUCCCUUCCAACUUAAACAUGAUGAAAAAUAUACCACUGGGAAAGCAGAGGAACAAAAUCCAUUAUAGCUAAUAAAAUGUUAGAAAAUUUGACCAAUCAGAGCCAUUCAAAAUGUAAAUUUGGCAUUUUCUGUAAUUUUUACCACAGAUCGAGACCAGAGAAGAUGAAGAACAAAAUGUUAAAAUGGCAGAAACUGUGGAACUCCUCCUGGCUGCAGGAUACUUCAGAGCAAGAAUCAAAGGGCUAUCACCAUUUGACAAGGUUGGCAAUAAGAGGCAGGGCUACAUCCUAGUGCCUCUGAUCAUCUAUCGGUAUUUCCUAUGUGGCUUUUAGUCUUCAUCGCAUCUCAAAUGCAAUGUUAUUAUAUCCAAGGUUGUUGGCGGCAUGACAUGGUGCAUAUCAGUCUGUGACUUUGACAUAGAUGUGGAUCUUCUUUUUCAAGAAAAUUCCACCAUUGGACAAAAGAUGUAAGUUUAAUAGCCAUUAAUUUUAUUUUCCACAACUAAUCUUCUUUUGUGGUAGAGAUUUUCUCAUGCCUCAAACAGGAGCAGUAGGUCAUCCCUUGAUGAUAGUUUUCUUUUUUCUCAUCUCUUUUAUGCUUGAAAAUGUGCUGACAACCAGCAUAUGGAAAGUGGGAUAAAUAAUACUGUUUUCAUCAUCAGUGACUUUCCCACUCUUCACCAUGACCUAAAGAUUGUCCCCAGAAAUGGUUGCUAGUUAUGAAUCAAGGUUAUUUUCCAUCAUGUUACAACAGCUGCAUGCUAUUGUUGACCUAUGCAGAGCCUUGACUGAGAAGAUUGUUGCUGUGCUUCCACGCAUGAAAUGUCCUCAUCGCCUUGAGCCCCAUCAAAUCCAAGGCUUGGAUUUCAUCCACAUUUUCCCAGUGAUACAGGUAACAGAUAAAAAAAUAUCCAGACCCAUGCAAGGGGGGAGGAGGGGGGGGGACAGUAAACUAUAUAUGGGAGAGGUGAACAAUUCUUAAAUUUCUAGAGGGGUGCCCAUAGAGGUGGAUUUAAACUAUAUAACUGAGUUGAGGUAUGGAUAUUUUCUAGCAAUCACUGCUACAUGUAUGCAGACUAUUAGGUUUGUUUUCUUAUAGCAAGAAGCCAACUAUUAUGUUUAUCAGUGAAAAGGUUUAAGCAGUAGGUGUUGUGUUUCUCAAAUUUUGUCAUUUAGCUUUACAUAGUAGGUAACAGGACUUUGUGUCGUCCAAUUUUGUCUGGAAUUGUGCUUUGGAAACUUACUGCAAUUUCUACUUAAAUGCCCAUAAAAAAGAAGUUGAUGUGUUGUUUUUCCCCAUCAGUGGCUGGUGAAGAAGGCAAUUGAAAGAAAAGAAGAAAUGGGUGACUACAUCAGAGAGUUUUCUGUGUCACAGUUCAACAAAUUUCACUCAACUCCACAGGUAUAGUCUACAGGGACACCAACUCCUUGAUUGGAUAUUUAAAACAAGCAGUACAUGAGUGUUGAUACUUAUAAUUGCUUCCUUCCAUCUUUUCGCUGUUUUUCUCUUUAGGACCUUGAAUUUAAUACAAAGAAGCCAAAGUGUAUAAAUGGAAUGAGGAGCCUCAAGGUUGGUUUCUUGCAUUGUUCAUCUAGGGCUUCCAGAUGAUAAUUCUUUUCUCCAUUUCUCAACUAGAGAUAACACCUUUUAUAUCUUAUUUUAUGUCCUAUUUAGGAUACAUACAAACCACGCAGAAGAUAUCGCAAACCAGAAUCCAUGGCACAAACUGAUGAAGAAACCCAGGUCAGGACGACACUUUUGGAGUAUGGCUGGUGAGUACAAACAAUUUACUUGUUGCAAAAAUAUUCUAUAUAAUUGCCGUGUCCUAUGAUAAAAUAAACUUGAUGGUAAAUUUCCUUUUUUUUUACUGUUUGAUUACAGGCAAUAUGGAUUCAGCAAGGAACAGAGAGAUAAGGCAAGUGAUUACAUCAAAAUGUACAUUUAUGUUAACCUUUAGCUCCCAGAAGUGAUUACCUUGUAACUUCUCCCAAUGAUAUCCACUUAUUAUCCAGCAUAAAGGUUAUGAGAAUACUCAAACUUAUCAUGUAGAACUUGUUAUCUUGAUCUAAUUCCAAAUUCUUACAACUAAUUUACAACAAAAUUUGUAGCAGCUGGAGGGGAGAAUCAACAAUCAGAUCUUGACAGUUAACAAUGCUAAGCAUGCUUGUUGUUAGAAUUUGGUAGAGUAUUAUUCUUCACAAGAAAGAAUUUUCAAACAAAAAUCACGUGGUGAUUUCCUCUAAAAGAAUUUUAUAUUUUUUUAUUAAUAUUCCCUAGGAGAAAGAACAGGCAGAGAAGAAAAAAGCUGCUGGAGCUUCAAUGCCAGGAAAAAUGAAGCCAGUGUCCUCUGGUGAAGAGGAUGAAUAUGUUGUUGAGCAGGUCAGUGAGACUACAACAUAGGAAAUGUGGAGAUCCAUGACACAGUGAAAAAUCUGUAAAGUAAAACUUUUAUGCAAUUUUUGUGCUAUUCAGUUAUAUUGCCAUCUCACUAAGUGUUGCAUUUCUCUCUAAUCACCUCUUAUGUUUCUACUUUUCUGAAUUGUUUAGCGGUAUUAUGGAAAAAUAAAAUUUGAAACCACUCUUUAUUACAGAAACGUCUGAAAUCAUUGCUGAAGGGAAUGUCUGUCAUGCAGGGGAAGGAGGUAUGGUUUGACCCCUUAUUGUAAACACUCUGCAAAUAUACUUCCUCUCCUCACUACCCUCUCUCUAAUAAGUCCUCCUGUUCUUACAGUUUUUCCAACAGCCCUCAAAAUCUGUAAAAUUGAUCGGUAAAAACCCCUUUAAAAGCCUAAUAAGCUCUCUUCUCUCCGAAAUCUUUCUCUUUAAUAAGCCAUCCCCUUUCUCUCUUGAGCACCUAUCUCUGUUAAGAAGUUUUGUCUAGAAUAUUUUUAAGAAGGCAGCCAUUAAAAAUAUACCAGCCAGCAAAGGUAAAACUUAUUUCUAGACAGGUAUUUUACUGCCUUGUAUUACUGAUUUAGGCGUCACUUCAGAAACAAGAAGGGAGUGGAAACACUGUCCAAAUCUCUUAUAUUGAAUAACUCUCCUCUUUAACAGGUACCGAUACCCCUCUCAAUGUAUCAUCAUCUAGAAUUUUAAGUUUCUACUAACCCCCCCCCCUCCUACCCUCCUCUGUCUACUGAGUUCUCCCUCCCCCUUGAUCCCUCUGGAAGCUAUGGAAAUUGAAAGCCACUUGAACAACUUAUGAGGGUUUUUAAAGUUGGUAAACAAUGAAGAUUUUUACAUACAAAUUGAAAGCCACUUGGUAGACUUUUGAGAGCUUUACAGUAACUAAACAAUAAUAAUCUUUGUAUACAUGCACAUCAUUGCUUUCUAUCACCUCUCAAUUUUUUCAGGGUUCACUUUCAUCAAGUGCAGUUGGCUCCAUUGUUGGUUUGCAGUCAGAAGAGAUCUCUCAGAUUGCCUCAGAGUAUGCUGAAAGGGUAUGUGCAUUCAACUAUUCUAAAAUUUUCAUUUGAGAGCCAAAAGUAAUCAGGAUUGCUUUGGUUCUGUUUGCUGCCCCUCCUAACUGGGUCAGAAAGAUCAUGCCACCCUUACAGUCAGUUACACUAUAGAGUAAAAGUGAAAACAAACACGGCUUGUUUGUUGGUGAAUUCCUUAGCUUAAGGCCAUUUAUUUCACCAUGAGUUCUUUAGCUUCUUGUGAUAUCUUUUAUUUAUUUGUUCUUUUUUUUUACGGUUCAUCUCUGUGUUUCCUUUGGUGUUGAGUUUACAACAAGUGAUCAAAAAGCACUUCAAAACAUGCUCCCAUUUAUCAAGCCAGGUUUGUUUUAGAAACACAAAGAGUAAAGUCCUCUUAAAUUCCAGAAACUGAAACAAAAGUACAAAUUCUUAUACAUUUGUAUUUUCAGGUGAGACGUUCAGGUAAAAGAUGUGUCUCAUUUUAUUAAAGAUAAGCUUCUAAUUUGUGUGUAAAACUUCAAUAUUCAGCAAGCAGAGCUACAAGAGGACAUGGAAGCCAGAGGUGAGCGAAUGGGAGGAGUACAGGCUCACAAAAGAAUGGUAGCAUCACUUGAGAAACAGAUUGCUGUACAGGAAAAGAAACUUGAACAGGCAAGUGUGUUUUGUUAGAUUAUGUGUCUGUUUGUUAAAGUAUUUCUAAAUUCCUGUUAUUUUUAUUCCAGGUACAAGAGAAACAUAACAAACUGCAAGAAAAUUUGUCUGAAGCAGAGGAACAGCUUUCACAGGUAAGUUAAAUGCAUAAAAUUGUUAAAAUUUAUCUGAGCUCAAUGGAGUUUCUGCCAAGGUGUACGUCAAUCACUCGAUAACCAACCGCUGGUGAGGAAAUGAGCCUGCGCUACUGUCCUCAAGAGCGGCGAGCAUUGACCCCUUUAAUACCAGCAGUGAUCACCGAGGAAUUUUCCUUUCAAUGACAAUACUUCUAAGACAGAAAGGUGACGAGAAGAAAGAAUUAUUAAAACUAAGGUAAAGUGUUUGAUUGAACAUUAAAUUUUAAGAGUUAUGAUAGUAAGAAAUGUAUGAGAGAGAGUGCACAGAAGUGAUUUUUAGAUCUUAGAGGUGAAAGGGUUAAGUAAUGACAUUUCCUGCUGUUUUGUAGGAUGUAGCUCGUGGAGAGAGAAUUAGCGAGGAAAUGGAGAAGUUCAAUCAGAUGGAAAGUGGAGAAAAUGCAAGGUAUUCUAUAUUUUCAAGUAGUGGUACUGUCCACACGAUGAGUUAUCUAGUAAAAAGCAUUUUCGAUUACCCUAACACUUGUUCAUGCGUUGUUGUUUUUUUUUUUUUCAGCAUUCUUCAGAAGCUUCGUUCCAUUGUUGCCAUGAAUGAGAAUCUGAAGAAACAAGAGCAGCAAUUCAGGGCGCACUGUAAGGUAAAGCGGGUUAAAUGCACAGACACUUUCUUUAAACUAAUUUUUUAUAACCAUCAUUUCCUAUUACUAUAUCUCGGAUUCCAAUUUCAUGUCUCUGAUUGGCUUUCAGUGGUCUGUCUUACAGCUUAAUUUCGUGCAGAACCAACGAGCAGUCACAGACCUCAUUACGGUUACGUUAUUAACAUAAAACUUUUUUAAGAAGAAUUUAUUUUGUCUCUUGAAGGUGUUUACGAUAAAAUCGCUGAAAUCUGUCGCUAGACAUUCAGUUGGAAGAGCACUGUGUGAUUGAUUGUUUUUAAAGCAACUCUAGCUAUCGCUGCAGUCAAUCAGAUUGUAAGGUGUAAAUCACAAAUGGCUUCUGACACCCGAAAGGAAAAUGUUAAUUUUUACAUCUUUUCACAAAGUUGCCAUGUCUGAGAACUACCAGUUUUUUUUUAAAUUGUGUUUAAUGUGUCACUAUCAUUUCGUUUGUUUCAGGAGGAAAUGGUUCGCUUGCAGAACAAUUUGGAAAAACUUAAAUCUCAAGGAUCUGAAGAUGAUAUCGAAGAGAAGGUACUGUUGGUAAAGCAAGUAAAGCAAGGAACGAAUUGUGUAAGGACCUCAUCUAUGUCUUCUCUCUUUUUCAGGAAAGAUUGGAGCUGAUCAGCAAACAAUACGAGGCUGAUAAAGCAAAGUUGGAAAAAAUAAGGCUUUUGCUGGUAAUGGUUUUAAACAUCUUGAUGGUGUAUGAGUGUUUCCUUGACCUAGUCCUCCAUUUACUUGAAAAAUGCACAGGAGAAGCGUGGAAUCACGCGUGAUCUGCGCGUGGAACACGCUUGGGGUCGUGCGCGGGAUAACGCGCGGAAUAUUGACACCUAAAUCUUCGGGAAAAAUUCUACAUAUGGAGAGCUUCUUCGUGGGCCAUAACGUUUCUUCCCCUUGAGUUUUUUUUCCUGUUGUUUAUUCGACGCUGUUUUUGUUCUUCAGGCUCGAAAGAACCGUGAAAUAUCUUCGCUUCAGAGGAAGAUUGACGAGGUGCCUUCUCGUGCAGAGCUGACUCAGUAUCAGAGAAGAUUUGUGGAACUCUACAAUCACGGUACAUAGUGCAUUAUCUGUCAAUUAACGUGGCGCGGCCGAGAGCAACUGUUACAUCAUGAGUGCUCUCCAAAAUGGCCAGUGGCUUUGUAUCUCAAUGAACGCUGAAAACACAAACCAUAUUCUAUAAUGAUUCAACGCGGAGGUUUAAAUGUUUUAUGAAGAGAAAUUCCCUCUGCCGUGCUGCUAUGGGUGCGCGCUCCAACACAGCGUCAAACGUCUGCGCCUGUGCGAACGUUGUCAUGACUAGGUGGCGUGUUCGUGGUGUGCUUUCAGGCUGUGAGAACCAAGUUGCCACACACGAGCUACAAACAGCCACACAAUCCAGUAAAUACCAUUGUAUGACUUGUUUGACAAAGCUCAAAACAGAAUGGUAAAUCAACAAGCUACCCGUUCUUGAAAAACCUUUGUGUUCAAAAACUCGCAAGUUUUCCUUUUCCCGACUUUUUUUUCCUUUUACGAUUUCUCCGAACGUUUCAAUUUUCUUUCGUCCUUUUUGGGGAGACAGCGGUAGUUUCUUAUGUUUUCCUUUCAAAUUUUUCGCGGGAAGUUGGCAUGCGGCUGGCCGAAACUGUUCCCCUCGCUCAUGCCCAACGUUUGACCGUUGUGUAUGAACUUACUGGCUGUGUUCUUUGUGUUACCUGCAAUCUAAUAUACUGUGAUACAGGUAAUAUGAUAACGAUGUUCCUUACUUAUUCCUAGUGGCUGGAACUCAUAAGGAAACGAAGCAGUUUUUCACUCUUUACAACACUUUGGAUGACACGAAGCUGUACUUGGGGAAGGAGGUUAGAAGUGUUAACUUACUUUGUUUUGCUCCCCAUCCACCCCUCCCCUGUGCCUCGUGUGCCACUUCAUUCUUAUUACAUUUUGACGUCAAUCGUUAUCUUUUACGCAGUAUAUAUAUGCAGUAUUAUCAUUAUCUGAGGUUUUCGUAUACUUCAUUCACAGUGAUGGAGAGUUUAAAGUUUUUUUUAAUCUCUUUUUUUCUACAGGUUAACUUGCUUAACUCCAUCCAUGACACCUUUGAACAGUAAGAUCUCUGUCAUUUCAAUAAGUUUUUAUCAAUUAGAAUUGUAUAUCCAUUUUCUAACCAGAAUGUUACCUAACUUGUUUGCGCUCCUACGAAGGGCUAACGCUCGAAACGUCAGCCUUUAAACUCUUUACGGUGGUCAAUUUACGUUUUCAACUCAGUUGUUAACACUUGUACUCUCCCACCGACGCAGCACCACAGUUUCUCAAGAAACUUACCAACUUUAUUCAUUUGUGCUUCUAACAAUUGGUUUGUUUUUCUAACGCACCAACGGAACUAAAAUUAGUUAGUCACAUUCAUACACUCUUCAAACAGCCUAAGAAAUUUUAUUUUGAUAUGCUAUUUCCCUUUUUUUUUUCAGAGGUAUGUCAUCUCCUAUGAACAAGGAACAGUUCCUGAAGCAGUUUGACAAAAUCGUGACGGGAAUUGUGGACAACAAACAAAGGGUACGAGAUGCUUAAGAGUUAAGCGAAUUACAUUCCCAAGGAACGCAAAGCGCUUUAAACCAAAUACACGAGAUAGUCUAUAACAUGUUUAAAUCGUUAUGUUAUCUUGACCGUCUCAAUAAUUCUGCACCAUUAUUUCCCGAGCUUCCCGCUGGGGUUGUGCGGUUUCCUACGUUUGUUGCUGUUACCUGUUUUCCCGUCAAUUUCUCUUUUGAGUUGUGUUCCCAAUCUGAGCAAUCAUAUAUCUUUGUUUCAGAUUGAGAAGAAGAAAGCUGUUGAGAAACAGCGUAGAGACGCCUUGAAUCAAAAAUAUCUAGAGAUAGUGGAGCAAGAGAGAUUGUACUUCAAAACAGUUAAAGAUUUUACGGAGGUAGGCAUUGGCGUGGUUCCACUGUGUUUUGUUUUCGCGCGAUUUAAUUUUAAAAAGACGCUUGCGUUUUAAGCGCGGGAAAAUUGGCACGUGAACCAAUUACGAUUGGUUUUGGGAAUACAACGGUCAAACGUUGAGCAUGCGUAGCUGUUUCAAUUUUUCCCAACCGUGCGCCACGCGCAAAUAUUGCAGGAAAACAGAAACCACUGUUUCUCACAAACUUCACGAUAGAAAUUAAAGACUUACAGAAAUCUGUAAAAGAAAACAAAGGUUUCCUGUUACUUAAUAUUUUGUUUUGAGCUGUGCUUAAAAAGGUUCCUAAACACCGUGUCUCGCUGGCUUGUGCGCAUGUUUCCAACCGCUUUCAGACAACUUGGUUGUGACAGCCUUAGAGCACUAUGUUCGCCCGCUAUUUUGGCUCUCUUGUAGCUAUGUCAACUUCUGCUCAUGCGCAUUCAUUUGACCGCUGUGUACGUUUUAGAUUUGUGCCUAGUUGAGGAAAACCACAACAUUUCUUGUCAGCUCAUUGAGCUAAGCUAGCGUUGUAUAAAUGAUGCAAAUUGUCUUGAUCGAUUUUUGCGUCUUUUUUUACUUGUAGGAAUGUCGCAAGAAUGAGGUCCUCUUAUCCAAGUUCAAAAGUCUUCAGAUUUCUUAG